AUGGGCUCGGCAUCCUCUUCACGGCAGGAUAGCUUCUGGAGUACCGCCCCUAGAGGGACUCUUGGCACGAAACGUCGGCAUAGCCUACAAUCCCAGCAGCUCCCACUGAUUAUGAUGAUGGUGCUCUUCUUCUUCUCCAGUCUAUCGUAUGCCCAGAGAGAUCCCGUAAACAACUUUUGUAGGAGAUUCGGCCAUCAGUCUGCUGUCAUUGACCGGAAGCUAUACAUUGAUGGCGGUUUCAUCAAUUAUAGUCCGUUGGAGGACGAUCCAACCAACUACACAAACACUUUCCUGUCUUACAAUGACCUUGACGAGAUUGCAGCGGGUGGUAUGCCCCAACUGUACAGCAACCUGUCCAAGAACGCGACCAUUCCUAGCGUAAACGGCGGCGUCCUGUGGGCAGAUACCGUCAACAAGUACCUAUUUCUGUACGGGGGCGAAUCCACCGUGUCACCUCCGACAGAAAUAUCCUUGUACUCUUAUGAUACCCUCAACAACUACUGGACCAGUCUCAACGUUCCCCAAAGUCUCGCCAGCGCGUCAUAUGGCGCUGGCGUCUCUGUAUCCGAGAUUGGCCAGGCGUACUAUUAUGGAGGGUGGCAGAGCAAUGCGAGUAGCCCAGGGUGGACGGGAGGACGGGCGGCGACCACGGGGCUGAUUCACUACGACAUGGACGCCCAGCGCAUGGACAACAUGACUGGGCCGGACAAUACUGGUAGAGCCGAGGGCUCCAUGGUCUACCUUCCCGUGAGUGACGGAGGAAUGUUGAUAUACUUUGGCGGGAGCCAGGAUCCAGGGAACGGCAGCGUCCUCGGGCAGCCCAUGGACGAGAUUUUCAUCUUUGACAUUGCCAGUUCUCGGUGGUACACGCAAACGGCCAGCGGUGAUGUCCCGGGCAUGAGAGCCAGAUUUUGCUCUGGUGUGACGUGGGCGGACGACCAGAGCAGCUAUAAUGUUUAUCUCUACGGCGGUCUCGGUAUGCCAAACUAUACCUCGGGGUACGACGAUGUGUAUAUCCUGUCCAUGCCGUCCUUUACCUGGAUCAAAAUGUAUCCAAACAACACGGCAGAGCAGUACCCACACCACUCGUUGACGUGCAAUGUCAUCGAUGGAGCCCAGAUGAUCAUUACUGGUGGUGAAUUUCCACUCGACAAUACGUCGUGCGAUGCUCCGACCCAAUUUGGCGCCCAUGGACUUGACAUGGGCGAACAGAAUGCUGAUAGAAGCCCGUGGUUCUUAUAUCGACCGAAUAUCACGAGUUAUGUUGUACCCGAUGUCAUCAGUAAUGUGAUUGGCGGUAAUGCCCAGGGGGCAGCCACCAAAACCUCACCCGUCGACGGCUUUGACGAGAUCGACCUCAAAGUCCUCAUGGCGAGGAAAUACACGGCCCCGGCACGUUCGCCAACGCGCAACGUGUCGACGGCCACGGUGACGGUACCGCCUGCCGCCCCCUCUCACUCGUCCUCCCUUUCCAGGGGGGCCAUUGCGGGUAUCGCCGUGGGCUCUGCGGUCGGAGCCCUCGCCGUCCUCGCGGGCAUAUGGCUGUGCUGCCGCCGCCGGCGAGACAUGAUGCGGGACCGCCAGUCCACGGGCGGCAUGUCGACGGUGCCCGCGCUGCAGCAUCACCACGCCCACACGAACUCGGGCGACGGCAGCCUCUGGAGUCCCGUGUCGAGCCACCAACACUCGCCCUACGGCACCACGAGCAGCCCCGUGUUUGCGCACCCGCAGCACUUUCCUCCCACGGCCUACAUCCCCGACCACCCCGUGGAGAUGCCGGGGAACCUGCACGACUCUGGCGCGAGUGAAAUGUAUGACAAUAGCAGCGCCCAGCGGCACUCCAAGAUUGCGUCCGUCGGUGACCAAAGUCCCAUCGGCGGCGGCGGCGGCGUCGCGAGCCCGUACCCACCUCCGCUCAGCAUUCCCGGCGGCACGGAUGCAGUCAAGCACGGCGGGGUCGCGAGGAGCUGGCCCACGAGUCCCGUGGGGGGCGAUAUGGAUCAGGUAUCGCCGCUGCGACCGAGCGUCUAUGCCGGCGGCGGGUAUGGACCCCAGGAGCUAAGUUCCGAGACGACGCCCGUGUCGCCGCGGAGUGCGACCAAGGGCGGCCAUACUCAUGAGACGUUCUAUCACGCCUCAUGA